AUGGCGGUGGUGGUGCGAGCUUUUGACAGGACAAUACUUGUUUAUUACCAAGAGAUUUUGUCGAAAUCGAAGCUUGAAAGAUGCGAGAAAGCCACAGAUUCUGAUAAUAAUCUCAAUUGCACCAGAAAAAUCGUUUUAAACAUGGCCGUUCCCAGCGGUUCUAGUGGUGGAGAGGCGUCGAUCGUGGCGGAAGUAGCAGAAGUGGAGGAGAAUGCAACUAACUUGAUGGAAACAGUGAGAGUACCGCCGGUGAUAACAAUCAAUAAAACGGCUGCGUAUGCUUUAUAUGAACUCACGUAUAUACGGGAUGUUGUUUAUAAACCUGAAGAGUAUUAUGUUAAGACGCGCAAGUGUGAACGGGAUGCCGGUGCAAAUGUUGUCAAGAUAUGCGAGAGGCGACCAAUCUGUUGUCCUUGUGGACCCCAACGGCGGGUACCUUCAUCAUGUGGAAACUUUUUCGACAAAUUGAUGAAAGGGAAGGCCAAUACUGCACACUGUGUCAGAUUUCCAGGUGAUUGGUUCCAUGUUUUUGGUAUUGGACAGCGAUCAAUAGGUUUCAGUGUACGAAUUGAGGUGAAGACAGGAUCUAAAGUUUCGGAAGUUACUGUGGGCCCUGAAAAUAGAACAGUAACAUCCAAGGAUAAUUUCAUAAGGGUUAAUCUCAUUGGAGAUUUCGUCGGAUACUCGAAUAUUCCAUCAUUUGAGGACUUCUACCUUGUCAUUCCAAGGCAGGGUGAACCUGGACAGCCACAAGAUCUGGGAAGGAAUUUUUCAAUGUGGAUGCUGCUUGAGAGAGUGAGAUUUACCUUAGAUGGUGUUGAAUGCAACAAAAUUGGUGUCAGUUAUGAGGCUUUCAGUGGACAGCCCAACUUCUGUGCUUCACCAUUUUGGAGUUGCUUGCAUAAUCAGUUGUGGAAUUUCCAUGAUGCUGAUCAGAACCGAAUUAGUAGGAAGCAGGUGCCACUAUAUGGCGUGGAAGGAAGGUUUGAAAGGAUAAACCAGCAUCCAAAUGCAGGGACUCAUUCGUUCUCCAUAGGAAUUACUGAAGUUCUUAACACAAACCUUUUGAUAGAACUAGCUGCUGAUGACAUUGAAUAUGUUUACCAAAGGAGCCCAGGAAAACUUUUAAACUUCACCAUCCCAACAUUUGAAGCCCUUACUCAAUUUGGAGUUGCUACAGUCUCUGCUAAGAAUAUUGGGGAAGUGGAAGCAUCAUAUAGCUUAACGGCUGAUGCUUUUCCUUGUUCUUUGUUUGAUUGCUCAAGAGGUGUUUCGCUCAUGGAGGAACAAUUCUUCAUUUUGAAGCCGAACGAGAUUACAAUUCGGUUAUUUAAAAUCUACCCCACAACUGAUAAAGCUGCGAGAUAUGUAUGUGCUGCGAUUCUGAAGGAUUCUGGUUUUAAUGAAAUUGAUCGAGCAGAAUGCCAAUUUUUUACUACUGCUACCAUCCUUGACAAUGGAUCACAGACCCGACAAGAAAAGGCCAGUAAAGGGGGUUAUAGAGACCGGCUAAAAUCUGCCAUUUCAUAA